CUCAAUAUAUUACAGUUUGUAUACAUCAGAGUGUUUGUGUUCUUAGCAAAAAAAAACCACUGGCACUCGGUGCAAUAUCCCCGUACCGGUAGUAAAUCAUGUUACAAAAGCUGGAUGUAGAUAAAUAUGAACAAACCCGAUUGCAGCAAUAGUUGGCAGUUGUGCUUUGGACGCUUCGGAAGCAGCAUGUCGUUUGAAUAUACGGAAAUAACGGAUCCACUGUUCGUGGAGAACAAGGGACAAACGGGAGAGGAUGACUACAUCAUGGUGCGUGCGAAACUGUACAGUCAUGUGCCGAUUAAGAUUCCCAACUGGACGCCACAGGCUCACUGCUACACAACUCUGUUUAAGCAGUACGAGCAGGAACUCCUUGAAGCGGAAGUGUACCCAGAUGAUGUGUGGGUCAUUUCCUAUCCGAAGAGUGGAACGACCUGGACUCAAGAGAUGGUUUGGCUGAUCUGUAACGAUCUUAACUUUGAAGCAGCGCGAGCAGAAUCUUUACAAAUCCGCUUCCCUUUUCUGGAAGUUAGUUUAAUACAUCCCACUGAUACGAGUUCAUUUGAGCGUGCAAAAAAUACACCACGUCCUCGCUUCAUCAAGACGCAUCUUCCAGUGUCCAUGCUACCGAAGCGCUACUGGGAAGUCAAACCCAAAACCAUACACAUCCGACGCAACCCAAAGUCGGUGGCCGUUUCGUACUUCUUUCACUCGCAGGGCAUCCAUUACCGUGGCUCGAUGGAUACCUUUCUGCGAUCGUUUGUUCGUGAGCAUCAGUUUUACUCACCGUACCAUGCGCACGUGAUCGAGUACCAUGAGCUACAAGAUUGCGAUAACAUCCUAUACCUUUCCUUCGAAGAGAUGAAACACUAUCUGCCAUCGGUCGUGAGGAAGGUGUGUGAGUUUUUCGGCAAAACGUACAGCAAGCCGGAGCUGGAACUGCUGUACCAGCACCUUUCCUUUAAGUCGAUGCGUGACAAUCCAACUGUCAACUAUAAAAGCCGAGAUCCAACGAAGAAAGGGGAGCAAUUUAUUCGAAAAGGUGAAGCAGAAGGCUGGAAGAAGGAACUGACACCUGAGCAGAUCCAACUGCUCGAUGAGUGGACCAAGGAAAAGGUUCCUAAUCAAGAGCAGAGGAAAUUGUUUGAAUGAUUACUGAGGCACACGAAUCUAAUUAUAUCGCCGAAUUCGAUUGAAAGUUUCGAUUAGCAAUGAAUAAAAUUCUCAUCAAAAAUAUUGUACCAAACUGAAAGAAAAUAAAGAAUAAUAUUAAGCAGCAA